GAGGGGAGUGGGAUCUAGUAGUUAGACCGGGGGGGCCAGGAGCCAGGACUCCUGGGUUCUACCUGGCUCUGAGAGGGGAGUGAGUCUCCACUUUCACAUGCCUACUUUUUCAGGAAUGCAAAGCUCUUAUGGAGCUGGCGGGGGGGAGAAGGGCGCCCCCCAGGGGUCCCGGGGGUAUUACCGCACUGCCCCCUUCGACCCCCGCUUCCCCAACACCAACCAGACCCGCAACUGCUACCAGAACUACCUGGACUAUUACCGCUGCCUGAAGACACUGGGGGCGAAGGGAAAAGACAUCAAGCCAUGCCAGUGGUACUACCGGGUCUACAAGUCCCUGUGCCCCAUCUCCUGGGUGAAGCGCUGGGAUGAGCAGCGGGACGACGGCACCUUCGCUGGCAGGAUCUAGGCCCAGCUGUUGCUGGGGGGGGAGGCAGACCCACAAGCCCUGCCCCAUGGCGUGGUCCUGCCCACUGCAGCACACCCUGUAGUGACUCUCCCCGCUGGCAUCUCAGAGCCCCACAAUAAACCUGCUUGUUCCAUAACUUGGCCCUGGAGUCCAAGUGUUCUAGUCCCCAUAGCGCUCCCUCCGAGGUGAUCCCCCGCUAGCUCUGGGUUUGGGCCCAGAAAGCCCUAGUGGGCACGCGGGGCAGUGCAGGCUGGGCCAGUCCCAGUGCACCCCCUCCCUGCCCCCUCACACUGCGUCCCUCUCCAUACACACACACUGCCCUCACCCUUCCUGCUCCCCCUUUCAUCCCCCACUGUCCCCCCACUGC